AUGGUGAAGCCAAUAAAGGUUGGGAGAGUAGUCAUUCUCUUGACUGGAAGAUAUGCAGGCAAAAAAGCUGUUAUCUCUAACAUUCUCCGAUAAAUAACGAUAUCCUAGAGAUGAUUCUAGAAAGUAUAAUCAGGCUUAUUAAUUUUUAAACGUUAAAAAAUCCAAAAAUUAUUUAAACACAAAAUACGAUAUUUAAUUAUAUUUUAAAUGCUCUAAUAAUAGCGUCUUCAACAUCAUGUUAUACUCUCUUCAUUUAUCCAUUGAAUAUCUUUAUUAAUCAAAUAAAUUUUAAACUAUUUUCUACAAGAAUUUAUUAUCUCUUGACAAGAGUAAGCUAUACGAUGAAGGCACAAAGGACAGAAAAUUCCCUCACGCUCUUGUCGCAGGAGUAGCCAAGGCUCCCCUUUUCAUCACAGAAAAGAUGCACGAGAAGAAAAAGGAAAGAAGAACCAGAGUCAAGGCUUUCAUAAAGUACGUGAAUUAUCAACACAUCUUGCCAACUAGAUAUUUGGUUUCUACCGAUAUUGAUCUUAAAGGUGUUGUGACCGAUGAGAAAAUGGCAAGUGUUAAAUCUCGCAAAGAACUUCGUAAGGAACUCAGAAACUUAUUCACUAAAAAAUACACCUCACAGACUGUUGCAAAGAAAGCAGAAAAAGGUGCAAGCCAACAUACUAAGUUCUUAUUUAGCAAGCUUAGAUUCUAA